AUGGCCGAGUCCGACGACAGUUGGCUGAGCCCGCAGCGCGCGUUCGACCUUUCCGAAGGCUGGCGAGAUCAGCAAGACUCGUCCGACUACGCCGCCGUCAACACGCAGGAGACCGACUACCACCUCUCGCGGGAGACCGACCCGACCGUGCAGCAGAACAACCUCGAGGAUAUCGAGCAGGUGCCGACGCCCAACAAGGGCAAGACCACGGCCGUCAUCAAGACGAUCAAGAAGGACGGAGCUCCCAGGAUUGACCUCGGCACGAAGCGCUACCUGCACAAGCACAUCCAGGCAUGCAAAGUACUGAGCGCACUCGCGGCCGCCUUGGGGGGGUGCGCAUUGCCGUUCAGCGACCUAGGAAGGUACCGUAUCGAGAUGGAGAAGAUGCUCACAAAGGUGUGCCAGGCCAAGACCGAGUAUUACGCUAAAAAGAAGACCGAGCGAGCCCAGGGCAACUGGAAGACGAAAGAUCAGAUUCUUGUCGACCUCGGCUGGCGCCCCGAGAUUGCGGAGACGGCCUUCGGCAAGAGGCAGUGGGCUACCAUGGAAGCUACGACGGCCUAUUGUGAGAAGCUCAAGGUCCACCCGCAGCACGGCAUCCUCUUAUAUAAGGAGCUCGACUUCACCGAGAUCACCGACCUAGUUCACAACCAGCAGAGGGAGUCAAACGUUACUGGCACUGAGGCGAAGAGUUUCCUGGAGGCUGUGAAGCCUGUGAUGGACACGCUCGAGGCCGCCCGGCAGGCGCUAGGCAUUCGGUAUCUAAUUUGCGUGAUCCGCAAAUCCGACUUAUGCAGGUGCGGGUGCAGAGGGUUCUGUACCCUCGGCACCAUACUUCGCGUGAUAGCUUGGGCAUUCAACGUGUUGGCAGUCGGACUCUAUCUUCUUUUAGAUCACGAAGGCAAGCCGUUCGAGGAUCUUGUGCGUGCAAACAAACAUAGGUUCACCAUCGCCGAAGGGUGGGUGGGCGCCUUGACUGAACUCCGCGCAGAUUUGCUUGAGAUUUUCGAGAGAAUAGGCGUCACCAGGUUUUCAAAUGUUCUCAACCCUUGCUUUCAGUGCAGCGUUCACAAGUCCAAGCUCUUCGACUUCCCUGUGUCAAUGGAGGCAUGCCAGUGGGUGCCGCGAGACGAGACAGUUUACAACCUUAUGAUGCACCGUGCUUUAGUAAAGAGGACAGUUGUGAAUCGAGCGCAGUUGCGGCGUUUAAUGACAUGUAUGCAUUUGGACGAAGAACUCGGGGGAUUGGGCCUCCACACGCCGUUCCCCGAGCUCGGUCUCGAGAAGGGCUACCGACUCAUCGAGGAUGGUGACCUUCACGAUAUACAUGCUCUCAGAGAUGCGGAAGUACCCAUAGAACUUACAUUCUUCAACGCGCUCUUGAAUUUGGGUUUGAACAUGAUAUGCCCCCUCUUCAGAAUACAUGGCUUCACUUAUUCCAUGAUUCACUUGGAUUCGAUGCACGUGCUGGACCUUGGCGUCACACAGUUUGUGGUGGGCGCCAUAUUUCUCCUCAUGCUGAAGCGCAACUUCGCCAAAUCUCGUCAUUUCAAAGCAGAUGGUCGCCGUGCCGCCAACAUCGACCACCUGAGGAGGCGAUUGAAGGUGCACUACAGGCCCCUCGUCGACGAUGACUGGGUCACGAGCAGCGAGGACAGCGUGGCCGAGACGAUCGAAUCUAGCUCCGACGCGCCCGUCGAGAUCAUCGUCUUCGGCACCGCGGAUCCGCCGCGGCCGCGCGGGGGCCUUUUCGCAAUCAGCAGAGGGCAGCUCGCGUUCAUCCUGGGCGCAUUCACCCGCCGGGGGAAGCCGCUCGCGGACAUCGUCCCGCUGGUGGCGUGUCGCGACGGCGGCCGCGAUCUCCUGAAGGCAUCGUGCAGUCACGCCACCACGUGCCCCGCAAGCCAUCUCGUCGACGUCGGCCUCCACUGCGCAGUCGCCACCGGGGUCGCUGAUCGACGCGGGGCGAGCAUUCUGUUCGAGGAUGUGCGGGAGUCGCGAUGCGCCUUGCCAGAGCCGAAAGCAGACGACCUGCGCCAGACUCGCCAGGCCGCGCAGGCGUGGGCCGGCGGGGGCAUGGAGUUGCCGCGCGAUGGCAGCUGCCACGUGGACCACAGCGUCGGGCGCGGGCAGAUCGGCGCGGGGGGGCGCGGGGGCGCGGCGGCGAGCAGAUCGCCUCGCGCAGGGUUGCAGAAGCAUUUGGCAGAGCAGGAGGCGCUUGGCGUGCCGCACCACGCAGCGAUUAGCAGCGAGGACCACAAGUGCUUCUGGGUGCUGGCCUUGCCUUUGCCCCGGCAGUUCGACGCGAGGCGGAGGCGCUGCCGCACAUGCGCGGCGGCUGGUCUUCCGAACCGUUAUUUCGCCACGGACGUCAGCGACGUGGUGGCCGCUGUGCCGGGCGUGCUCCACUUGCGCUUGGAGAAGCAAGGGUCGGUGUUCAUGACCAAGCAGUUCUUGUUGCACCUCGUCCAGCUCUUCCACGAUAGACUUUGUCUUCGGCAGACUCGCCGCGCUUUAGUGGAGCAAUGCUGCGCUGGCGCUGCAGGGCUCCGAGCGGCCGGGCGAGUCCUCUCGUACUUGCGAGCCAUUCCCACGGCGCCGGGCCUCAAGCAAAUCUCGUUGACGGCGCUCGAGGGCUACCUGGCCGAGGCGACCCGCCACAUGCUGAAACGCAUCAACGUGUACUCGGGCGCCGUCAUCAGGGGCGACGGCAAUUACGAGCAGGCCCGGAAGGUCGCCGUGGAGGGCGACAGUGGGAGAGAUCGCCCGUGCACGGUCCUGCUGGCCUGGGUGACCGUGGGCGGGGCGCUCUACCAGCCGCCGACGCUUUCAAGGUCAGAGGACGUGAAGGAUGCACUGCAGGACCUGGGCCCUCUGGUGGGCAGCUUCAAGCAGGACCGGCUGGAGGCAGGUCUCAGCCUAGUGGACUCGGCUCCGGCAGUGCACGCCACGGACGUCUACGGAAGGCAGCGGUUGCAGCUGAAUGCUUUCUACAGAAGGAUGUACCCGGAGCUCGACGCCGACGCGGCGGCAGGGGCCCCGACGCCGAGGGGCGACGCGACGGGCGCUCGGACGCGCUUCGCCGGUUCUCCGACCACAGUGACAGGCGAUCCGCUGCACGACACGCUGGCUGUCAUGCGGCUCAUCAGCGCGGCCUCGCCAGACGCGCGGAAUAUGUGCUACGACCACAAGCGCCGCGAGGACAUGCUGAACCGCUUGUCGCUGCCGCCGCGACGCCCCGCUGCCGCUGCCCCGGUGCCCGCAGAACAGCUGCCCUCCGCACCAGUUGCCGGCCCGCCCGACGUGGGCGCAGGGGAACCGGCUGCGCAGCCGCUGGCAGUGGAGCACCAUGAGAUGCUGCGCAAGGCGGUGGAAAACACCAAGGAACAGACUGCAGCGGCAAUCAGGGAGAACCCUGCUUCUGCGGACGCGGUUGCAGCAUACUUGAAGCAGCCGCGGGUGGACCAGGAGCCCACGUGGCGCACCAUUUUCGGCGCGUCGCCGACGCGGGGCGCCGUUCUUCGACUGUGCGCAGCGUUCGGGGUGCAUGCGCACGACACGCUGGGAUACCACGGCUUCGAGACGCUGGCGUGUUUCAAGAAUGCCAUCCGGACGCACCUCAAGUGGUACGCGCCCGGGCGCAAAACGUGCCGGGCGAGGCGCGGCAUCUGCAGGCGCCUUCAGGCCGCCUCGCGCCUCCACGGCAAGCGCUCGGCCUUGACCAUGUCCGUGCAGGCCCACUACGACCGCCUGCUCAAACCCCUGCGCCUCGAAGGCUUGUGGAAGUGGCGCGACGCUGCGCUGGCGAUCGCCGAUGCUGGCGUCCCGCUGCAGACCGGCACCGUUGCCGUGGAACGCUGGUGGGCGAGCCUGAAACACAUGAUGCCGGCCAAGGCGGCUUGCAUUUCGGAGAGGUGGUUCCGGGUGUUGAUUGGCCUCGCGUAUUUGCGGCACAACCACCGGCACUUCGCGAGCGGGUCUUUGCCCAGCUGGUGCCGGGGGGACCCUUUGCUGCAGCAGCGUCUGGCAUACUUCGCGGACUGCGCCCGGCUCGUGCAGUCCGAGGGCGACGGCCACUUGAGCGCCAUCUUCGACCCGUUCCGCUGA